AUGAUAUUCUCUUUCACGUCGCUUGGUGGAAAAGUGCAGACAUCUAUUAAUAACGGAUCUGGUCCAUACACAUUUCUGUUCAACGGACAGAAUUACCAUCUACUAGGCAGUUUAUUGCCGGAAGAAGGCAUUAGGCCUAAGUUUGCCCAACUUUACAUUUUCGACACAGAAAAUGAGAUUCAGAAUCGAAUUGAUGCCGUCAUAUCCGAAAAUCAAUCUAACAAUCUUGACCCAGCCAUCGUUGCAUCGUUGAAAGAUAUGAUCGACGGUAACAAUGUACUUGCACAGCAUUACCGUGCUGUUCGAGAUCGUUUUUCCAAUGAUGGCCAUCAAGGAGUAAAACUCAGAUUGGUAAAGAGUCGCAAUACUGAUGGCAGGACGUACAAUCUUCCUAACGCAAGUAAAAUAGCAGGCUUGAUCUAUCCUCUUUUAUUUCCUUACGGUGAAGAUGGUUAUCAAGACGAUAUCAGUUUGAGAGAAUCUCCAUUUGCUGAUAAUAGAAAACGAAAGAAGUUCUGUGUUGAUGGAUUUUCGAUGGUUGAGUCACAGAGGUUGAAUUUCAUAAGGUUCAAUCAGGAUCAACUUAGGGUUGACAUGUACAAGGGUAUCGAAGAAAAUAUUUUUAAAGGAUACACUGAGGGUAAACCGGUUGGACAACGCAUUAUAAUUCCAGGGUCGUUCACCACAGGUCCAAGGUAUAUGUUUAACAACUUCGUUGAUGCUCUUCAAAUAUAUAACUGGAUUGGAUUUCCAACCCUCUUCAUCACCAUCACAUGCAAUCCCCAAUGGCCAGAAAUACAAAGGGUGUUAAAAGAUACAAAUCUCAGAGCGGAGGAUCGGCCAGACAUUUUGUGUCGUGUGUUCAAAAUGAAGCUCGAUAGUAUGAUGACGGAAAUCAAGAAGGACCGUAUAUUCGGACGUAUUAGAGCAUAUGUAUGCACAAUAGAAUUUCAGAAACGAGGUCUACCGCAUGCACAUAUUUUAUUGUGGUUGCAUAAUGACGACAAGCCCAAGAAUCCAGAAGAAAUUGACAGGAUCAUAUGUGCUGAAAUUCCUGACGAAGAAAACGACAGAAAGAUGUACCAGUUGGUGGAGAAGUAUAUGAUACAUGGACCGUGCGGUCAGGCGAAUUUGAAAUCUCCGUGUAUGAAAGAUAGAGUUUGCACGAAGCGAUUUCCAAAGCCGUUUGUGCAGCGCACUGAAUCAGAUGCAGAUGGGUUUACAGUGUAUAGGAGAAGGGAAGAUGGCAGACCAGUUACGAAGAAGAAGACUACUCUUGAUAAUGGAUAUCUUUCGGCGUGUGAGGCAAUGUGGAGGUUGUUUAACUUUGAUAUUCAUUACAGAGACCCGUCCGUAAUUAGGCUAAGCUUUCAUCUCCCCGAUCAUCAGCCAAUUGUCUUCAAUGAAAACCAGUCGUUACAAAGUGUGUUGGAUAGGCCAUCUGCCAAGCAAACUAUGUUCCUUGCGUGGUUUGAGGCCAACAAGAACUAUCCACAUGCAAGGGACUUGAGGUAUGGAGAUUUUCCACAACAAUUUGUGUAUAAAGAGGAUUCUCGAACUUGGCUGCCAAGGAAAAAAGGAUUUUCUAUCGGUAGGAUUGCGAAUGUUCCCCCCUGGAAAGGGGGAAGACUAUUACCUUAG